UGCCACUUGAACGCAUCCAACUUAGGCACACGCUUCACAUCUCUCAUUCGCACAAGUGACAUCGCGAGCUCGUGUCCAUCCACACACCAUGCUUCUCGGAUCAUCAGCACAUCGCAAGCCUCGCCCACCCGGCCCUUGAUCAUGGCUGUCGAGCUUCACUGCCCUUUCUGUGGCUUCCAGUCGCAAGAUGGAGAAUAUGCCAUGCAACUCCAUAUCGAGGAGCACCACACCGAUGACUCUCCGUUUGUUGCUAUUCGCGACAAUCUCACUUCUCCCGCUGCUCAGGCAUCAGGACCUACAUCUCCCAGCGAGGAAUUGUUGAUCCCUGACGAAUGGACCAAGUGUACCCGCCCUGGCUGCGGUGAGUUCGUUCAUCUAAGCGGUGUAGAUGAGCAUCUGGGAAUGCAUGAGGCUAUAGCAGAGGUGGAACAAGACGACCAGCAAGGAGCGAAACACCAGAAGUCUGCAUCCUCGACCCGCAAACCAAGUACGCCAAAUGGCAUUGAUCGCAGUCCAGCGAAACGCGAAACGCCAAAGCAUCCAAGCAAACCGAAUGAUCGACCAACUCACACUCUCAUCCACUACUUCUCGGGAACAUCCACCGUCGGUCGACAAUCGACACCCGCCCAAAGGACGAUGCUUCGGGAACCCAGUCAUCCGGGGCGUCUCGGGAGGCGAGAGCUGGGACCUCAUGCCUAUGAAAAGGUCAUGCCAGCCGAAGUGCGCCGCCGUCUGCUCAAUUACGCCAUCCCCCAACAAGUAAAUCGCAUUGGUCGCGACGGCCGCCUACACCGCGAGACCUACAUUGCGAACGAAACCAGUGGUCUCGUCCACGCCCUUGCAGACCUUUCAUCAAUGGACCCAACCGUCGAAGUUGCAUAUUUUUGCGAUCCUGGCGUCCGACAUAUCGCAAAGUUGAACUGCGAAGGCAACUUCUGUGGCUACUGGAACAUACAGAUGCAGUUGUCGCUCGUCAUCGACAGCAGAACAUACGUCAACACAACGGGGUUUCAGAUUAUGCCCAACGUCCUCCAGAUUCAAGACACAAUCGAACAAGCGUGGAACAAUGGCAUCUGUCCGUAUGGUCGUGUUGAAACUGGCGGCGUACGCGGGACGAGGAAGUGGAUUGGAACGCACGAAGCGGUUGCUUGUCUUACGCAGCUCGGCAUGGCACUGGAGCCCUUCUCGUUCAAGGACGAGGGCGAUGGUGUCAGCUUUCACCCAGCAGGAGCGGCGUUGCUAGAUCACGUUGAGGCAUCUUUCCUGGGUAGUCUGAAGACGGAAGCCAACGAAGAGCGCCGCAAGGCUAGCGUGACGACUAUGCCGCCAAUGUACUUCCAGCGUUUCGGGCAUUCCACUACAAUCGUAGGACUGGAGAGGAAACGAGAUGGAUCACGGAACCUACUGGUCUUUGAUCCCUCCUUCGCCACAACGUCCACCAUGAAGCUGGUGCUGGAGGGAGGGAAGACUCGUGCGACUCCCGAAGCUCUGUUGAGACCCUACAGGCGGUCGGAGCAGAGUCUGAGCCAAUGGAAUGAGUUUGAGCUUAUACUGUAAGUAUCUGUCUGUGCAUCAUAUGCCAGUUGCUAAUUAUGCGCUAUGCCCAGGCCACAUCCACGACGAAAGGAUGAUGCAAAGACCAACGGUAGCUGAAGCCAAUGCCAUGAGCGCUUG